AUGUCGGAGACGAACGAUUAUCGUAUUCGGAGAUCACGUGAGCUCUCACGUCUGAGAAUAAAUCGAAGUCGUAAUGCUCAUCGUGAAAUGUUAAUGACUUCUAACAAUAACAGUGAUAGUGGUUCUAAUGUUCAAUUAAAUGAUUGUAAGGCAUUGAUUAAUGAAGAAACUACCGAAGAAAAUAAUUAUAGAGAAGCCAGGUAUGUAGAAGAAAGAGAAGAAACUGAAGCUGAACCAAAUUCAGAAAUUAGUACGUAUGGAGAACUGCAACGCGUAACAGAGGGAGUGGAUGCAGAGGCUGACUCACAGUCAGAGUCUAAUAUAAAUUUGGAGUCUGAAUCAGAAUCUGAAGAAAUAAUUCAUCGAUCAACAGAUUCUGAUACAGAGGAGGACGUAGAUAAUGAAGAUGAAGAAUACGACGAUGUUAAUGAAAUCCGCAAAUGGGCACUGCAAAAUCCCCCUAUACCCCAUGCUCGCCUUGAAGGAUUAUUAAAGAUCUUACAAAAGAAGUAUCCAAAAUUACCAAAAUGUGCAAAGACUUUUCUAAAUACAUCGUCAAUGCCGUACGAUAUAGAGCAUUUUGAUAGUAAUAGUGAAUUUGUGUACUUUGGAAUUGAACAACAUCUUCAAAUAAUAAUUAACCCAGCUUUACACGAGUCCAACGUUAUUGAGUUACUUAUCAAUGUUGAUGGAUUACCACUUUUCAAAUCGAGCUCCAAACAGUUCUGGCCAAUAUUGUGCAAAGUGUUUAAUGAUCCAGAUGUUUAUCACCCAUUUCCAGUGGCAAUUUAUUGCGGUAAUGAAAAACCAGCUGACCCCAAUAAGUAUUUAGAAAAAUUUAUCGACGAAGUAAAUCAUCUACAAGCAAACGGGACACACGUUGAUGAUCAAUUCUUUCAUGUUAAAAUUAAAGCCUUUGUAGCUGAUAGACCAGCACGUGCGUUUUUAAAAUGCAUAAUUGGCCAUACAGGCUUCUACAGUUGCGAGAGGUGUGAAAUCAAAGGUAUUCGAGUAAAGAAUCGAACAACUUAUCCAUAUUCCUGGGUAGACGGCCAGCCCAUGUUCAAUGAUGAUGAAAGAACUGAUGCAUCUUUUCGUGCUCAAAACAAUCCUCAUCACCAUAAUGGAGUAAGUCCAUUGAUUAACACUAAUCCUCCAAUUGAUUUGAUUAAUCAAUUUUCUUUGGAUUCAAUGCAUCUAGUUUUCCUGGGCGUGAUGAAAAAACUUUUGGAGUAUUGGCUAGAGGGAACUAUCAAGAAUGUAAGAUUAAGUCAUAAUGCUAAAACGCAACUAUCCAAUUCACUGGUAUCAAUACAAAAUCAAGUACCUCAUGAUUUCCAGAGAUCAACGAGAUCGCUAAAAGAUGUCAAAAAAUUUAAAGCUACAGAAUAUCAGUUUCUUCUGUUAUAUGCUGGACCUAUAAUUUUCAAAAACAUUCUCCGAGAAGAAAUUUAUACUCAUUUUAUGUUUUUACAUAUCGCCUGUCGAUUAUUGUGGUCGACUGAACUUGCCACAAGUAGAUGUAGUCAUGCAAAAUAUUUCUUGAGAAAAUUUGUUUUGUGGGCACCAUUUUUCUACGGACAAGAGUGUCUAAUUAGUAAUAUGCAUGCUCUUAUUCACCUUGCCGAUGAUGUUAGCUACAUGAAUUGUCCGAUGUCUAGAAUAAAUGCUUAUCCAUUCGAAAAUAUGCUAGGAAAAAUAAAAAGAUUACUUCAUCAUGGAAAUAGGCCAUUAUCACAAUUUUGUCGUCGGUGGAACGAAAUGUUGGCUGUUAUGAAGAAACCAGAAAAACCAAAAUCUAUUGAAAUAUUACGGAAACUGCAUCCUAAGUGCGCUAGUGAUGAUAUUAUUGUAAAACGAAUUAUGUUUAAGAACUGUAUUAUUACAAGUGAAUUCCCAAACAAUAUCGUUUUGCUGAAGAAUGGCAGUGAAAGUGUGCUACAAAUUGAUAGAAUGUUUAUAAGUGGUGGUGAUAGUGAAAACAACAUACAAAUCUCAGGCAAAGUCCUCGAAAAAAAAGGAUCACUUUUUACAAGCCCAUCUAAUUCUGGAAUAAUGAAGAUGUGGCGUAUUUCAAGAAGAAAUUGGUAUGACAAAACAUGCAGAUUUAUAGACAUUAAACAGAAAAUGAUUUUAUUUGCUAUUCAUAACGGAAGUCGUGAAAAACUAUAUGUCAUGCCUCUGUUGCAUUGA